AUGCAGUCACGCACGGUUAUAAGUCUUGCUGUGGUUUUGCUUGGUGUGUUUCAAAAAGGGACAGCCACUGAGAAGAAUGAAGUGCUCGAGGCUGUUCUAAAAAGGAUACUCGAAGACAUGUUAGACGACCAAAUCCAAGUAAAAGAGAUUGAUGCCAGCAGCAUAAAGGAUACUGCCGCCAUGACGCUAACUAAAUGCUUUCGCGCAACUACAUUAUCUAGUUUAGGAAAGAAAUUUAAUAUACUCGAUGAUGAUAACUCAGAUUCCAUCACUCUUGAAGAAUUUCAAGAGGGUCUGAACGACUUCAGAUGUCAAAUUAGCCAAUCAGAAGCAAGACAACUCUUCAAUUCCUUGGAUAUAAAUGAGGAUCACAAGUUGAACUCUAAUGAAUUCAUUAGGGCUUUCCAGAAACCACUAUCUUAUACGAAGAAAGAGACUUUGGUGAAGGCAUUUAAUAAGGCUGACUCGAACCAGGAUGGCGUGCUCAACUUAAGGGAUGAUUUGAUUUCCGAAGUGUUUCUUGAGAACAUGGACGAAGACGGAAAUGGAGAAGCCAACAUCCAGGAAUUCGCUGAUUAUUACAAGAUAUAUCAAGGAAUCUCUGAUGCGUAUUUUGAAUAUGCUUUAAAGAAUGUGUGGACAUUUGAAUAAAUACUAAAGACUGAAUUCGUAAAAAACUUCAACGAACUAGCUUUUGCUGAAUAUAGAAUAGCUUCGUCAAUAUGUUACUCGUUGAGAAAAAAUCAGCGAAGAACGUCAUACACUUGCCUAACUAGACAGUACACAAUAUAUUUGAAAACCCGAGAGUUUUAGGUAAAAUAAAUACGAUGUAUUUGUGUGCGCUUUACACAUGUUUAAUAUAAAAAAUCAACUCACUAUGGCAUUUUUAACUGACC